CAACCGUAACCAAGUAGAGAGAUGGAAAAUUGAGGGACACGUAAAACAUGGCGGAGGCCGUUGUGGAUGGAAGUCCGAUGUCUCGGUUUUUUUGCCACAAAUGCAGCGUCGAAAUCGAGCGUCUGCUGCCGAAUUAUACGUGUCCACGAUGCGCGAGCGGUUUCAUUGAAGAGCUGGAGAGCAGCAGCAACGAGGGCAGCUCUGGCAUGGAUAUGAACAGUGAAGAACUGAGCGAUGGAGAUAUUGACAUCUUGACCUUGAACCGCUCCGACCGUGACCGUGAUAUAAUAGAGAUGAUAAUGGGUCUCUCGAAUACAUAUACCAAUCAACAAUUGAACACCAGUCAACAGCCGGGUGGAGGCAAUAGGAACUAUGUGCUCGGGAGCAGAAGGAGGUCCAAUUGGUCUCGUAAUCCCCAAGAUGGACGUCGUACCAGCAGCAAUCGUAGAAGACAAGAGAGCCUACAGAUGCCUAUAGAGAAUUUCAUACAAGAUUUUAUCUUCAAUCUUUCGGGAGCAGCGAGUCUAAGCAACACUGUGGGUCAAGAUGCACAGCCAUCUGUAUUCAAUGUUAGACUGUUCUUGGGAAAUCCUGGAGAUUAUGUUUGGGGUCGUGAUGGAUUAGACGCUAUUGUUACCCAAUUAUUGAAUCAAAUGGAUGGUACUGGACCACCACCAUUAUCACGCAAUCAGAUCGAUGAGAUACCUACUACUACUAUAACGCAAAGUCAAGUUGACUGCAAGCUACAAUGUUCCGUUUGUUGGGAAGAUUUUAAGCUGUCCGAACCUGUUAGACAAUUGCCAUGCCAGCACGUUUAUCACGCACCAUGCAUUGUACCCUGGCUGGAAUUACACGGAACCUGUCCCAUUUGCAGACAGAACUUGGGAGAUCAAAAUCAGGCUGAAGCAAACCAAGAUGCUGCAGCCAACAUAGCUGGAUCCACUUUAGCCGGAUCUAGUUUUGCUGCUUUGUUUAGGGCAGCAAAUGAAGCGCACCGAACAGGACAGCCAAUUAGCCGGACAUCAUCUACUUCGUCAUCUACUUCAUCAGAGUAGCUGCAGUGCUUGUUCAAGUGAGAUACGAGUGAUAUUUUUCUUUCAACUAUCCGGUUUCGUAAUUAACCGAAUGUAUAAUCUAUUUUUAACACAUUGAUACCAUUUGGCAUUUUCUUGCCUGUAGUAAGGCAAAUAUCUCUUUACAGAUUAAACAUGUCGACUACAAAAUUCGAAUUAUUAUCACUUAAUCAAUCGAUAUUGGAUGAUAAGUUCGAUGAACUAUUUUGUUCUACGUUCAAAAAAUUGUAUUAAAUGGGAUAUCAACCAAAAUGGCCAAACAUCGUAUAUUAAAUUGUUACAUUUGUUUCUGCCUAUUGCACUAUUUUAACAUUCAACAUUAAGACGUUACUCGCGCUAAACUAUAAUAUCUCACGAUCUUCACUAAUGCCAUUUGAUUCAAUAUUUAUAAUACUUGAUUGAAUGAUUACAGAAAUGUUCCAUUAACGAAUCAUAUGCGUUGUUACAUUUCAGUGCAGACAGGAGAUUUUAUUUUAUGAUUUAAUUCGAAUGAAAUGAAAUUAAAAAACUCCGAGAAAAGAAGCAACCUACAUAGACAUCUUUAUAGACAUUAUUUAUGCAUAGGCAAUUUUAUUUUGAGUAAUGUUAAUUUAAUGAAACUCGGAUCAACAAAUUUUGAGCUAUUUAUAUAGUAUAAUUUUUAUUUGUCGCCGAGGCUCAGUAAAAUCGAUGUAAGUUUAAGGUAAGAAUAAAUGUGAUGACUCGCGAUUUGAAAGCAAAUUAAUAAAUUCAAAUGAUAAAUCGGGAAUUUUUAAAAAUAAAAGUAUUUCAUAUUUGUGCUUUCUUCAGAGAUAUAUAUGUACUUGAAAUUAGAACAUAUCACGAAUCAAGAAAUCUAGCAAUCAAAAAGCUAAUGGAAUUAAUAUAGAACAUCUGCAUAUCGAUUCCGUUUUCUUUCUGUAAAUAUUCUGAAAAUUAUAAAAAAAAAAGAACAUUGACAAUUACAUUAUUAUGAUACCAUUUCAUACAGCUAAUAAAAGCUGUCGUUUUAUCCCCACUCUAUCAAUUUUCGUAUAUAGCGAAGUUACUUUCAAAGUUAGAUAUUGUUCAACUAAUGGCAAACAUCGCUAAAAUACAUGAUAUAUCGUGUCAUGUUCAUGGAACAUGACAAUCGUAUGUCUUUCAAAAUUAAUUUUGAGAGUGAAACAACAAAAAAAUCAUGUUUGCUGCGGUUUUUGGAAAUGUGGUAUCUAGUAUUUUUUCUUUUUUAAUAAUUGUAUAUUAGCGAUUGCAACGACUAUGCGUCGCCUUCGCAUUUCUGCUGCAGCUGUAGCUGCUGUUAUAUUCUUUUACAUACGCGACGUAUUCUCAUUCUUGUAAUCCAUUUUUAUUAAAAUGAAGUUAAAAGGUAACGAAAAUAAAUGAGUGUAUUCGUUAACUUAAAGCCAACGAAGAUACGCUCCAUCGAAAAGGAAGCAGGAGAAGAACGAACAGUUUUUGAACACUGCUUUGAUUGUGGCGAAGUGGGGGUAAAAAGCUAGUUUUUCUUCGCUGCAUGAAAUUACAUUACUUUCUUCAUUCUUUUAAAUUUAAUCUUCUGACUGUGUUGUAACAUGUAUCUAUUAAGGUAUACCUUGACUAUGGCUAUCUGAGUCUCGACGAAUAAAGACGCGUGGAUGUGUAACAAAUUGCUUUGUUCUCUUAGUGCGUAAAAACUGUUUGACAUGUGCAUUAAGUCUCGUAAAGCUAAUUUUUACAAUGCAAAUGAAUGAAACGCAUUCGCGUUACAUAUUGCAGCAUACAUAUAUACUAUAUACUUCUAUAGUAAAGAUAUUUCAGAAAAUAUGCGCACUCAUGGAGAUAAACCCUUGCAUCCACAAUUGUGUAGUUUGCAGCAAUCGACGAAGUUACACAUAUUGUAUAAACAUAAAAUAGGAUAUAGCAUAAAGAAAACGAUUAGAAAUUGUAUCUAAAUUCUUCCGGCCGAUGUUAUUGCGUAUUCAGUCGAAUCGGAGUUAUUUUCGCGCUACUUGUACAUAUGCAAUGAGCAAACAUUCUAGUAUGCGCGUUAACAAAAACAAAUAUCGCGCUGUAUUACUAGACGUAUAUUUCAAUUAUGUUUUACACAUAAUUCUAUCGCUCGUUUUUCCUUUUCACAAUGAUAAAAAUGUUUUAAGAAAGUUAAAUAUUACAAUAGAAAGAAAGUUGAGUUUUGCAAAUGCGAGACUAUUACUGAAUUUCUUUUUUAACAUGCAAAGUUCAGAGUAAGAAUGCCAAUGUGUAUAGAAAAUAUAAUUUAUCUAUAACAAGUUUCACUUUAAACUUGUAUUUAAAAAAAGAUUUUUUUACAAACCUUGUCAACUGUGAGACUCGUAAAUUUUGCAAUAUUUGGAAUAAUUUGUUUUUGCUGUCGGACACGUCCAAGGUUCGGAAUCGGACAUUUUUGGAAUUACUUUGUUCCUAUAUAUAUGUAUAACGAAAAACGACAAAAAAUCUCACAAUAUUACAUUGUGUUUAAGAUUAACAAUUGAUUCAAUUACAAAUUAAACAUACAAAUUAUACGAAUAUAAUUAGUGGAAGAA